AUGCGCUCCGCCGAGCCCUGCCGCAUCCUCCUCCUCCUCCUCCUCCUCCUCCUGCCGCCGCCGCCGCCCGCCGCCGCCUACUUCGGGCUGACUGGGAAGGAAGCCCUGACCCAGUUCCCAUCCCUGGGCGCCCUGGGGGGCUCUGGCCCGGGCCAGGGCCACGUGAAGCAGUGCGAGCUGCUGCAGCUGUCCCGCAAGCAGAGGCGGCUGUGCCGGAGGGAGCCGGGGCUGGCGGAGACGCUGCGCGACGCCAUCCGCCUGGGCGUCCUCGAGUGCCAGUUCCAGUUCCGCAGCGAGCGCUGGAACUGCAGCCUGGAGGGACGGCCCAGCCUGCUCAAGAGAGGUUUUAAGGAGACAGCCUUCCUGUACGCCGUGUCCUCGGCGGCGCUGACGCACUCGCUGGCGCGGGCGUGCAGCGCGGGGCGCAUGGAGCGCUGCACCUGCGACGACUCCCCGGGCCUGGAGAACCGCAAGGCCUGGCAGUGGGGCGUCUGCGGGGACAACCUCAAGUACAGCACCAAGUUCCUCAAAAAGUUCCUGGGCCAGAAGAGGAUCGGCAAAGACCUGCGGGCCAAGGUGGACAUCCACAACACCAAUGUGGGCAUCAAGGCGGUGAAGAACGGCCUCAAAACCACCUGCAAGUGCCACGGCGUGUCGGGCUCGUGCGCGGUGCGGACGUGCUGGAAGCAGCUCUCCCCUUUCCACGAGAUCGGGCGGCUCCUGAAGCUGCGCUACGACGACGCCGUCAAGGUCUUCAGCACCACCAACGACGCCGUGGGGCACUCGGAGCUGGCAGGGCCACACAGACACGGCCACUCAGGCAAGCAGCCUGCCCUACCUCGCCCUACCGACCUGGUGUACGUGGAGGACUCACCCAGCUUCUGCAGGCCCAGCAAAUACUCCCUGGGCACCGCGGGCAGGACCUGCUCCCGCGAGGGCAACUGCGACAGCAUGUGCUGCGGCCGGGGCUACAACACCCAGAGCCGCCUGGUCACCUUCUCGUGCCACUGCCAGGUGCAGUGGUGCUGCUACGUGGAGUGCCAGCAGUGCAUGCAGGAGGAGGUGGUCUACAGCUGCAAGCAGUAG